GCAUGACACCGAAAUUAUAUGAGAAAUGGUGAAAAGGUAGGAAGUUUAGUGUUAGGUUUGGAUAUUUGUACAUACCUCAAACUUCUUCAAAUCCCAAUUCUUACUCACGCCAGGAGAACUUUUUAGAAGACUUAAUUAUUAGAUAAACAAGCUGACACAAAACCUCAUCUAAGUCCCAUAAGAAUCCGAAUCUGGAAAGCCAGCCAGAAAGCCCCCAAGCAGCUCCAUAUAUCGCUCUCGUUCCUCCAAAAACCCAACAUGGCUCGAGUUCUCAAGCGUCACCCAUCGUACCUUUGGUAUCAGCUCGAAAAAGGGAAUCACAGCCAGAUCUUGUACCUGGUCAUACCGUCCAUGAAGGAUAAAGGUCUCGACGUUGAUCUUUGGAAGAUCUGGAAUGAUAUUCCAAUCUUUGAGCGAUCCUGUGGGCUCUUGUACAUCGCCUCCCCACCUAUGAAUUCGGAUCGGAAUCAGUUUCCUUCUCAUGCGACUACAAGAACUUGGGUGGAAGGGAGAGCUCCAUAUCUAGGAUAAAGAUAAGAGCUUACAUUGUAUCAACUGAAGCCGAAUCUUCUUUUAUAUGCUCGUAAGCGAUACGCAACUCCUCCGGCUCAGGCACAAUCCGACAAACAUGCUUCCGUUUAAAAAUCGUGAUAGCAUCUUGAUACUCUUUAGAAUCUGUCGUUCCCUCCUUCUCGCCUUUCUCAAUUGCAUCCCUCACAUCCUUAGGCAACUUAGAACGCAGGAUAUGCUCCCCUUUCUGCUCCAGCUCCACGCUAGCCGGCGCAUCCGCAAUGAUGAGCUUCCGUAAUCCAACAGGGUGCAAAGUGGCAUAGCGAGUAGCAAGCAUACCUCCCCAACUCUGGCCAUAAAUAUCGAAUCCAUCACGCAGACCAAGGUAAUCGACUAUAUUAUCGAUUUCCUUGAUGAACAACUCUUCAUUCCAGAAUGUCACAUCGCCAGCUUUCUCUCGGAGAUGUGUCGACUUUCCGCUGCCGAUUUGAUCGUAGAAUAUCACUGGAAUUCCGAAUUGGGUGUUCAAGUCAGCGAGAGGACCUAAUAGCUCGUGGCAGGCACCGGGACCUCCGUGACAUGUAAUGAGGGGUAGGACUUUUGAAGAUGUCGAUGUUUUGCCGUGGAGAUCACCGAUGACCUUGUACCAUGUGUGACAUGGCUUGCCAGCCCCAGGCGCAUCGAAGGGGAUUUCGCCUUCUGUGGUUUUGGUUUCUGGCAUGAUUAGUUCAUGAACGAUAGACACGCCACAAAGUUGAAAUAUCAACCAAAGGCUUAUCGGAAGAACUCACUGUGCCUCUUGGUUGCAGUUGGAGUUGCCUCAUUGGGAAGAAAUUACAUAUGCAAUACUGGUCAAUAUUGCAGCAUCACAUGCUAGGUGUGCUCACCAGGCGGUUGAAAAACAUCUUUCAAGUUUGCUCGCGUGUGGGAGACUUUGUGUAUAUUAUAGACUUCGUCAAGAUAAGUACCAAGUGCAAAUAUUCAACAAGAUAGGAGGUCUAAAUAGGCCUCUUAGAAUGCGUUUUAUCAUGGAUGUCACCAAAGUUUUACAAGGUUCUCGCUUAUAAGAUUAAGUACAUUAUCUGUCAUUACCUUUAUGUUUCUUCUUGUCAAAAGGACCAGCAAUAACUUUAUAUCCUCCUUGUACAAGAUGUCUCUCCAUAGCCCAUGACUGAAUGGAAUCCCAAUUCACACACUUAGACUCCGUAUUAGUCCUUAACUCAAUAUGGUUCUCCUCAUCAGAUGGCUUCACCCAUUCAGCAUUCAAAAGUGCCAGGUCUGCGUGACACAUUACUUGCUUCCUCAGAGUCUCUAAGCAAUGUUCUACAAUAUGUUAGCUUCACUUCAACACCUUUCUCCAGCCAUAACCACUAAAUUCAGCUUAGGGUCUAAGAAAGUGCUACGUACCAAAGUGUUCCUCUGUCACUGUUGUAUCGUACCCCAAAUUCCUAAAGUACUCGAUGUAAUGUAAUUUUCGAAGACUGUCGAGGCAGUGGAUAUGAUGAUACACGAGUGGGACGACGGGAUAUCCGGUUUUAUCGGCGAGUUGAACGAUAUUUGUUUGGUUCGCGCCUGCGAGCGUGAGCUCUUCUUUGGUUCCGCGAACGUUCAGUCCUACAAAGUUUUUAAGUGUUGUUAGAUUCCGAUAGUUUCUAGUCUUGUGGACGAUGGAUAAGGAGAGGUACUUACCCUCAAGUAAUUCUUCCCAAGCAUCGUCAACUUCCGCGGAUGGAGGACCAGAGUAUUUUGUGUGUCCACCCCAAACACUCCUUCUCUCAUAUCUGAUGACGGAGUUUGCAGGGGCUGUUGAGAAGGUUAAUACUGUGAUUUCUUCACUGGGUCGGGUUGAUGAAGAUGUGAGUUUACAAUAUGGCAAGUCAUUGUCUGUAGAGCUCUGUCUCUUUGCAAUAUCAAUCGUCAGGGUGAUACUGAUAUAUGAUAAGAGGAUAAGUGACAAAAUGGAUGAGAAAGUCGCCACUCUCGAUCCCAUUGAGCCUGUGCGAGGAGAGUAUUUAGGCGUCACUUCCUCGCCAUCAUCACCCAACAAAUGCUCGGUGGAUUCUGUUUUUUCCUUCAUAAUUCUGACGAAGUGGAAUUUCUCUGAUUUCUCGGGACCAGUCUUUAACGUGAGAGGGGAGUCCAGGUUCUGAUAAGGCUGAGAAGUCACUGCAGACUUUUGCCUCCGUGAAGUGGGGGGAGGGGCAAUAAUUGUGCACAAAGGGCACAUGAGGAAGGUCAUUAUCCAGUUCCACCGACUGCAGCACAAAGAUUUAUCAGUGUGGCUAUUGAUAACACUCGAUGUGGGUGAGAACCAACAUGGCUGCAUGAUAGCAUCACAGCCGGAGGGAAUAUAAGUAUAAACUAGCGGUCCAGACAUUUCUAUACCCGCCUUUCUGGAUCUUUCUCACCUCUACCCACUAUCUCGGACCCGUUGGCAAAUCAUCAGAUAUCUCCCUCGCGGAGUUCUUGUCUUUAUCAGACCCCAAAUUCGCCAACGAGACAUCGAUAAUUCACAAGACAGUCUCCUCGAGCAAUACCAACCAUGCUCGCCCUUACGAAAUAUCUCUGCAUCUCUGCGAUCUGUGGCCUUACAAUCGCUGCUCCAGUAUCUCUUGGUAAGAAAUCCGUGUGUGGAAAAAUGGAGAUUUACUAAACGAGAGGUGCAUAGAUGGCACCAUCCAAUCACUCGGUAGCGAGACCGUUAGCCGUGACAUCACAUAUGUACCCGGCGCAUCCAACAGGCACGUUAUCACCAAACGGUGUCUGGGUAAGAGGUGCGUCAAAGUGAUUAUCAGAAACAAAGAAGGGUUUGCCGAAGGCGAUGCUGCCAAGGUUACGAAGAGGUGUGCGGGUUACAAGUGUCUUGAAGCGGUUAUCAUAAGUGAAGAAAGGGCCGUUGAAGUGGCCAACAAGAAAGUGGUCACGAGGGGCUGUUUGGGAACGAAGUGUGUGGAGAUUAUUAUUGUUAAGGAGGAGAGUGUUGUUGAAGAUACGGAAUAGGGUAUGCUGAUGAUGGAUAUGGAUCUCUGCUAUCUAGCCGGUCAAGCAAUAUAGACUGCAAUAUAAGGU